AUGUGAAAUGCGAUGUAAAUAGUUCCUUACCGUUUGACAAGUUCUGAAAGUGCCAGGAGUCGGUUACUGUUAAUAUAGACACAAAGGUGCAAUGCCAUAUGAUCUAAAGCUUGUCACGGUUGGAGAUCAAGCCACGGGGAAGACUUGUCUAUUCAUUGCCUAUGCAAAGAAUACAUUCCCCGAGACAUACGUUCCUACAGUGUUUGAAAAUUACGUUGAAGAUGACAUGGUCUGCGGAACACCUGUCAGUGUGUGUUUGUGGGAUACACAUGGAACUUCGGAGGAGCAGAACUUUCUGAGGCCGCUGUCCUAUCCUCUUACAGAUGUAUUCCUUGUCUGUUUUUCCAUUGACAACAGAGAAUCUCUUGCUAAUGUGAAGGUUAAGUGGGUUCCAGAGCUAAGACGGUUUUGUCCUAAUACGCCAAUUGUACUCGCUGCCUGCAAAGUAGAUUUGAGAGAUAAACCAACAGCUGAUUUGGUGACGCGUGAAGAAGGGUCAAAGUUCGCCAGUGAUUUAGGAUUAUGCUACAUAGAAACUAGUGCACGAACACAACAAGGAGUAAAAGACGGUUUCCAUACAGCAAUCAGGGAAGCGUUGCUUAAGGCGACAACAACAACGAUUCAACCAUGGUUCUCUUGUGGCAAUAGAAAACGGAUACCCCCUCCUCCUGUAAUGCCUUCCGCAGGUAUGGCCCCGAAAAUUGAAGUUGAAACAUCAAGGUUUGCAGACGAUUGGCUGGCUAUGCACGAAAACCCUGUUCAUGCAGACGUUACAUUCAUAUUGAGAGGACAGCUCAACCUUGACGCACAUACGAUAGUUUUGUGUUCAUCUUCCACAUACUUCAGACGAGUCUUUGGAAUGAUGAGGUCACAUAUGAGGAAGAGAACGAAGUCCGCGAGUAACUUCACUAUGUAUGAAAUGAACUCUGAACAAAUAGCGGGAAUAGUAGCUGUAUAUGGCAAGGACGAGUUAACAAAGGAUACCCAACGUAAAGGUCAUCGUCAUACAGUGGUUGAACUUAGUCCAGAUAUCAAACCCAAAACAUUCGUCAAAAUUCUGCAAUUUCUGUACUCUGGUGUUCCCACUCUAGCUAACGACCAGGAUCAAAUUGACCCGGAAGAACUUGAUGACAUCAUUAAUCUAGCUGCCACUUUUGAAUUGCCGAAACUGACGGAGAUUUGUCAAAAUUGUCUCGCUGGUCAGGCAUUUCUUAAUCCAAGUAUAGGUACCUCCAUGACUGACGAAACAAGACGGAAUAUGAAGGAUCUGUAUUUCAACACACCUGAAACGGCUGACGUCACGUUUAAUGUGGAAGGAAGAAACAUUUAUGCUCAUAAAAGUGUCUUAACUGCCAGAUGCAAAAACAUGGCGGUUACGAUUCAAGAUAGCUGUGUGAAAGACCAAUCAAGCUUACUCGAGAUUGAUAUCCAAGCUACAACGUCGGAAUGUUUCUUGGCUCUUUUGGAAUAUCUCUACACCGACCAGGCACCUAUUGAACAGACUGAUGUGAUAUCACUCAUUGUUCUGGCGGAUAAAUACGGUCUUAAACGUCUCACGAAUCUGUGUGAAUUACAUAUAACUAAGGAAGUCAACAAAAGUGUGAUAAAGACUAUAGAAAAAGCAGACAUCGAUGUCAUCGGACUUUUACAGUCAUCACAGGAUUACAAUGCAGAACAGCUGUCCAGAUGGUGUCUUCAUUUCAUUUCUACAAACUAUACAGCAUUCAAGAAUCGGGUGGAAUUAUCGUCGCUGAACGAAGAAAAUAGAACCUUUAUUGAAGCGAAUCAAUGGCCGCCGCUAUCGUACAUUCGUGAUGUUGAGGAAUACGAGCGGAAGUGGAAAAUAAGGCAUAGGAGAUUCUCGUCCAAGUGUUCAAUCAUGUAAAAGCGUAUGUUAGUAUAUAAGGUGCGUUAGAUUAGUGUGAUUCAGAAAUUUUGUCAUUAACCAGAAUUAACAACAAUUUAAACUCCUGUCGGAAUCGGACAAAUUGUACAUAUUGAUUAAGAUGGUAUAAUGAUUGUCAUUUCAUUUUAAAUAUUUUAUUAUUAUUAUUAUUUUUAAUUAUGUUUAAUUCCUUCAUUCUGCAUUUUAAUCAAUCAUAUUCGUUGACAAUAUAAGUGUUAUAACCUGGAACAUGAAUCGUCAUGAAUGGGCAUAUGGAUAAAGAGAAAUGGGAGAAGAGAGAGACGUUAUGUGAGUGUGUAUUGCUGUGUUUAACAUUAAUUAAGUACUUCAUCAACUAUUUAAUCAAGAGAGAUUUGCCAUUGCAAGAAAAUGCAAAUACAUGUGUAAAUCGAUAUCAUCACUUGUCAAUGUUAUGUAUAAUGGCGGGUUAUUGUCAAAGUAAUAUAUCACUUGUUACAUUUCAUGUUAGUGCCAUUGUGUAUUGA